AUGGCGCUAGCUGCGCAGCAUUUGUGCACCGCCGCCGUCAGUGUCAGCCAGUUUGCCGUGGCAUACGGAGCUCCAUCGCAGUCUUUAACACUGGUAGCAUGCCGCGACAGCGUGGACGUGAACCGCGUGCUGGGCUUCCUGAGCACGGGCAGCUCGGCGGCGGCGGGCAACUGGGGGGCGCUGGACGUGCUGGAGGCGCUGCGCUGGGUGCGCCGCAACGCCCCCGCGGUGGGCGGCGACCCCGCCCGGGUGACGCUGGCCGGCCGCGCCGAGGGGGCGGCGCUGGCGUCGCUGCUGCUGACGGCGCCCGCGCUGGCGCCAGCCGCCGGGGAACCCCCGCUGGCGGUGCGCUUCGUGCUGCAGAGCGGCGUCGCCUCCGCCCGGUUCCACAUCGACGCGGACCCCGCCAACGCCACCGGCGCGCUGGCCGCCAGCCUCGGCUGCUCCGGGCCGGCCACCAAGGCGGUGUCGUGCCUGCGUCAGGCGCCGCUAGAGGCGCUGACGGAGGCGGCGCAGGCCUCUGGGCGGCGCUGGCGGCCUGUGCUGGACGGGGAGCUCUUCAGCGCAGAGCCGCUGCGCGCGGUGCGCCGCUGGAUGGGCGGCGCCGCGGGGGCGGCGGGGGCGGCGCUCAUGGUGGGCGAGGCGGCGGGCGAGGGCGCGCUCUGCCUGCUGCGGCACUUCCUGCUGGAGCGCCGCCUCUGGCCCGCCAUCGCCGCCGACAACCUCACCAGGAGGGACUUCGCCGACCUCGUCGCUGAACACCUGUUCGACUUCGCCAACAUCCGCGACCAGUCGGUGAUAGACGCGGCGGUGCACGAGUACCGGCCGUGGGGGCAGGCCGGGGGCGGCGGCUUCCGGGAGGCGGCACUGCGCUUCUGCGGGCUGCUGUACGGGCGAGGCCGUGCCGAGCAGCUGUCUCGUGCGCUCGCCAAGCGUGGCGCCACCAUCUGGCGCUUCGAGGUGGCGGUGCGGCCCGCACGAUCCCCCCAUCCCGCCUUCAUGGGUGCCGUGCCUGGCGACGAGCUACCGGCGCUCUUCCCGGCCGAUGGUGGCGAUGACGAAUCUGAUGAAGAGCGCCACUUGGCCGACGAGAUGCUGCACAUGUGGGCCAACUUCGUCAAGACUGGGAAUCCAAAUCUAGAUGAAGAUAAUUCAACCACCACACAAAUUUGGCCACCAUUUGUUGACAGCUCAAGACAAAUGUACGUAUUCACACUGAACGGUUCACGAACAAAGAACACCGAGUUCUUGUCACGGGAUGCCGACUUCUGGGGAACAGUCGUUCCGAGUCUGUUACGGGCCUCUCUCAAAAAAGGGUGCAGUUGCGGAAGAAAGAAGAACCAGCCGAGAAUGAAUAUUUGCACAACAGCUCGCUGUCCUGCCAUAAGUGUCCUCAUUGCGUUCACUGUCGUCCUCGGGGUAGCUCUAGUCACGAUUAGCUACUUUUUCCUCCAGUACAUAAGGAAAUCGAAGGGACUGCUUGCCAAUGAACACAUGCCACAGUAGUGAGAAGUCUGCCAGAUAGCCCUUCUCUCUGUGUGAUUUUCAGUCUGUUGCAUCCAUCCUCAGAGAUAUUGUAAGAUCUGACCAAUUUAAUGAGAAUGUUAUGUCUGCAGUAGUGUGAAGAAGAUUCAGACAGUGUUAGUCUGAAAUAUGCUACCUACAUGACGGAUAACUAAUGCAUUAGUUCCAUUGUUAUGAUUGACUUAAUAACUCUUACUACAAGAUGAAUGUUUCGUGGAUAAAAUGUGAGUAACAAAGUGAGAUAGUGCUGCUGAAAAUAAUUUGUACACCAUAAUAAAGGCAGAAGGCAACUGCCUCAUUCCAUUUAUUUUGUAAAUGUCUCAGAAUAAACUUUAGUAAUGAAUCUUAACAGUAUUUGAAGAACAAAUAAAAAACAAACACCAUUUGAACAGGCCCUGAAGGCCCAACAGUAUAAACCAGCUGCCAUGUCAUCCUCAGACCUGAGGUGUCUCCAGGUGCAGAUACAGAUGGGCACGUGGUCAGCACACCGCUCUCCCGGCUGUUGUCAGUUUUUGUGACCAGUGCCACUACUUCUCAGUCGUGUAGUUCCUCAGUUGGCCUCACGAGGUCUGAGUGCAGCCAGCUUGCCAGCAGCUCUCGGCAGACCUAGACUGUGACCGUCCGAGUGCUAGACAAGCAUGACAGUGCUUAACUUCUAUGAUCCGAUGGGAACCAGUGUUACCACUGUGGCAAGGGCAUUGGCAUACUAUUUGAAGAAGCAUAAUGAAAUAUGAAAUACUGCAGCACAGUAAACAGACAUGUGGAGGGAAAAAAGGAAGGAAAGAAGAAAAGAAAAAUACUUUUGGAAUGAAUGGCUGCUGAUAACUGUACAUUAGUGAUGUACAACGUACUGUUUGUGAGCAUUUUGCAUAAAGUAACAAGGAUUUGGAUAAUUUUUCCACCACUUGUUUCACCUACAUCCCAAUCUAGAGCUGCUUGCCUAUCAGUAUAACAUAAUCCUUUCUGCCUCCACUGCCCCCCUCCCACCCUCUGCCCGUAUCAGACUCUGUGCUGUUUUUCACUUGUUUCUUUGCCUUUCUCUAGUUUUCAAUUACAUUUCUUUCAUGUAUUUUCUUUCAGUUGGCCUCUCACCUUUGCCCUGCUGACAUCUAGUACCUCAACUGCAUGUGACAAGUUAAGGCUGUGUGGUGAAGCAGGAUCUGAGCAUGUCUCAUGAACCAACUGAAAGUCUCAACUUGCCACAGACUUCUCUCCCUUCCUUUUAAAUUCUGCUGAGUAUCUCCUACUCUCCUGUGAGACUAGUAGCUAUGAGGGUAAGGCUAUACUGGCGAUCUUAUUCACAGUAUUGUGCUUGACACAAAGAAUUAAUUCUCUUGGUCCAAUCUUCAUCACUAUUACACAGACUUUCCACAAGUCCUGAACAGUGUUGACUGACAAAUGCUAUAAAAGAUUUGUAAAAUAUGGCACAAGUUGCAGAAAUCAAAGGAGGUUAUAAAACAGCCCUUUUAUGAAAAUUUUAUGCUCAGAAGUGGAUAGCAUCUGAAGUUACAGAACAUGGCAGUGUUCAUUGGGGUCAGAAAAGUGCUGUCCAUGAGGUGUCGAACUUGGUUUUCUGCCAUUACCAUGUGAGUCUCUGUUUGAAAAUCUGUUAUGACAAUUACCAGCAUCAAUUGAAAAAGCACUGUGGAACAGAGUCAUGAUACAUUGUUGAAAAUGUGAACCACAGUCUGCUUGCCCACUGACUAUUACAAUAAUUAGAAAUGAAGCAUACUUAAAACCUUGUACUUUUACGUGGGUUUUUGAGACAUACAUCAUUUUAACAUGGGCUGUGAUAUUCUAUUAUGUUUCAUCCUAUUUUCAUUCUAAUACUGUUAUUUGUAGCCUUUAGCGCUGAGACUUCUUUCAAAUUCAAGCAGUUUACACACUUUGGGUAGAAUUGGAAAAUCAAUAAUAUUGCAAACACUAAAGAACUGUAAAAUUCACAAAAUUUGGUGUACUGAAAUAUCAUACAUAAACAAUGAGUGUGCCAUUUCUUUCUGAAGAAGGCAUAAAAUAUUUCACAUCAUCAUUUCACAGUGGCUGUGAGAAAUCACAAAAAAAAAAAAAAAGAAAAACU